AUGUCAUCGAAAGACCACUCAUUCCAGCCAUUCGCUUCAACCUCGACGCAACAACGAAUGCCACUGCCAUCCUCGACUAUCGCUUUGACAUCGCUGGUGUGA